AUGCGGUCCUACUUCCCUGUCCUUUCUCUCCUUCUCUCGCUCCGCUCCCAUGUCUCUGCUCUCUCGUUCGACGUCCACGUCCGCUCCCGCUCAGAUACGUUGACGCGCCGCGCCGACACGAACAACACCAUUCCGGUUGCCAACACGCACAACUCGGAGUACAUCGCAAAUGUCACUCUCGGCGGUCGCGACAUCCCUGUCCUCCUGGACACUGGCAGUUCCGACUUAUGGGUUACGGGCACUGUGCCGAACUCGAAGGAUACGGGAAAGUCGGUCUCGCUGAGCUAUGCGGUGGGCCAAGCAUCGGGUGACAUCUACACUGCUGACAUGUCCUUCGCGGGCUAUAAUGUCGCCGACCAGGCUUUCUUGCUAGUUAAUGACACUUCCGCCUUCUCCCUUGACAUUGAAGCCCAAGGAUUCUCCGGGCUGAUCGGUCUCGGUCCGGCCACUGGAUCGGUUAUUCGUGAUAAGCUCGACGAACAUACAGGAGAUAGUGUGCUGGGACGCAUCUUUUCUCAAAACACCACUACCGCCAACUAUCUCACCAUUCUCCUCAACCGUUUGGAGGACCCCGACAGCCCAUCGACUGGUCAGUUGACCGUCUCGGAGACGCUCCCACAAUACAGUAACAUCACCUCCAUGCCAAAACUAACCGUCGACAAGGUUCACAAGCUCACCGACGAGGACCAGCACUGGCAAGUCUACACCGACGUCAAUGGAAUCAUUGGGCCAGAUGGUAGUCCCAUCAGCUACGAGUCAAUCGUCCCCAGUGCUCCAGAUGGUCAGCUGGUCGUCGUCUUCGAUUCUGGUUUCACUCUCCCCCAAGUCCCCCGUACCGUCGCGGAUGCGAUCUAUGGUCGCGUACAGGGCGCAGAGUACAACACUGUGUCCGAAGUCUGGACGAUACCCUGCGACCAAUAUCUCACCUUGACGUUCAAGUUCGGAGGCGUUGAAUACCCCAUCCACCCACUCGACAUCUCGAGCAGCGACUUCAACAUGGUCAACUCGCUUGGCGACACGGUUUGCCUUGGUGCCUUCCAACCGAUCACUUCGGCGUUCAGCUUGCUCGGAGAGUACGACAUGAUUCUAGGAAUGGCAUUCAUGCGCAACGUCUACGCUCUUCUCGACUAUGGCAACUUCAUCGACCACUCCGAUGUCGACCAAGGCGACCCCUUCAUUCAGCUCCUUUCUCUAACCGAUGUGGCUUCUGCGAAACAAGAUUUCGUACAGGUCCGUUUGAACGGUGUCGACACAACCGGCUCUUCCUCGAAAGCCCUUCUACCCACCAGCCAGGAGCAGCACUCUCCGAUCUCCGCUGAGGAGAAGAAGAAGCUGUACGAGGAGAAAGUGCUUAGCCAUUGGCCCGAAAUCCUCGUUGGCUGUCUGGCCUUUGUGUUAAUCUCCGCCGGUCUCAUCAUCUGGCGCUGCUGCGUCCACCGACGGAAGCAGAAGGCCGCCCGCUCCGCUGCCAUUCUCCUCCCUGGGGACACUAAGUCGAUGGGUGGGCGCCCCUCGUACGCUGGGUCUCAGGUUGCGCUCAACCGGUUGGACUACGGUGACAAGGACAUGCGCCAGAGCUUCCAGCGCGAGUAUCGCCCCUCGUUCGCCUCAAGCCGGCACCAAGUAUGA